GAUGAAGGACCCAGAAGCUGUUGGCGAACCGCGUUUAAACUGAAAGGACGAAGAAAAAAGUAGUUACGAAAGCUUUCCAAACAAAAUGUAUUACGUAAAAAGCUAUUCAUUCUGGGAACGUUGACAUUUAAACCUAUCGAAAAUACACAGAAAUUACCAGAAUUGACCCCAAUUGAGUCACUUCACUUUAAGUCUGAACUUGUAGAAGAGAUGUCCUCUCAGGUCGGACUGAGGCUGCUGCCGAAUUCCCGGUGUUUGUUUGAUGACCCCAUUCAGUUGAAGGUGGCCGGCCUCAGAUCAAGACAGGUGGUCACCUUGAGAGCCAGAUCCACUGACGAGAAGGGAGUGGUCUUCAGCUCUGCAGCCACCUACAGAGCUGACGGAGACGGGGAGAUUGACCUGGAUAGAGACCACUCACUCAGCGGGAGCUACACUGGGGUUGAACCCAUGGGUUUGCUGUGGUCCAUGAAAGCAGACACGUUGCACAAAAGAUUUCAAAAAACAAAAUCAAUGAACCCGCAUGUGGUUAAGUUUUCUGUGCAUGAGGAGACGGGCAGGAUGCUAGCAGAGGAGACUAAUGAGAGACUUCUGAUUGGAGAUGGGGUCAGCAGGAUCCCUGUUAAAGAGGGGAAUAUUCGGGGAGUCCUGUUUACUCCCCCAGGACCAGGCCCUUUCCCUGCUGUGUUGGAUCUGUACACUUUUGGUGGAGGUUUGUCCGAGAAGAGAUCCUCUCUGCUGGCCAACCGAGGAUUUGUUGCUCUGACUGUAGCGCUGUACGGCCAUGACGACAUGCCGAGGCAAAUCGAAGAGGUCCAUCUGGAUUAUUUUGAAGAAGCAGUCGAGUUUUUAAGGAAACAUGAUAAGGUGGGCGGUAAAGGAGUUGGUGUGAUAUCCCUUUCAAAGAGUGGAGACCUUGCCCUUUCAGUAGCUUCUUACCUGUCUGGUGUUGCAGCCACAGUGUGGAUCAAUGGCUGCUCUGCCAAUACAAUUUUUCCUAUCUACUAUAAGAAGAGCCAACUCCUCCCUCCGCUGCUAUUUGACAUGAGCAAGCUAGUUGUCCACGAGUCAGGAGCCAGCAUUAUCAAGUAUGGAGUUCAUGAUCCCCAGGCAGAGGAGAACAAGGCCACCCAGGUCCCCAUCGAAAAAGCAAAGGGACGUUUUCUCUUUGUGGCUUCAGAGGACGACUUGAACUGGGACAGUAAGACUUACAUGGACAUGAUGGCGAAGAGACUGAAGCAUCAUGGGAAGGACAACUUUGAGUGCGUGAGUUACCCUGGAGCAGGACAUUACCUGGAGCCACCUUAUGGACCUUACUGCCCCUCUGCCUUUCAUGGGGUUGUGGGAAGAGUGGUCCUGUGGGGGGGUGAGCCCAGGCCCCACGCGGCAGCAGAAGUCCACAUGUGGAUGAAGAUCCAGGAGUUCUUCAGAGCUAAUCUGAGCUGUGAUGCUGCACACACUGAAGCCAAGUUAUAGGUGUGGAAAGGUUGAUUGGAAAGCAAUUAUCAAUCUGAGGAGCUGAAAAAUAUUUUUUUCUGUCAAGAUGGGGUGCUGAGUGUACAUUAAUGAGAAAUAAAAUGAACUUUUUUGAUUUUAGCAAAUGGCUGCAAUGAAACAGAGUGAAAAAUGUAAAGGGGUCUGAAUACUUUCCGUACCCACUGUAUGUGUAGAAGAUAUGUAGAAAAAUCUGUACAGCACAAUCAAACAUGUGAAAAGCUUUUUGUUUAGUUUUUUUCAUCUAGUUUUCCACUCAUGACGACUACACAGGAGAUUUUAUUUUAUGUAACUCACCAUUUUACAUAAUUACAUGAUAUAAAGACUUAAAGUUAGGGCUAGUUAGGGGCAAUCGGAUGAGUGACAGCUGGUCAGUCAGGUGUCACUUCAGCUAAUUGAGUCACUGAAUUAGACAUUUCUAUUGUCUUUAUGUGUCUCAUAUCUUAAUUUAACAGAAAUGUUUAAACCAACUUUUUGGGGGAGUCAUUUCUAGUAUCAGUAAGUCAGUUUCAACAUUAAUCAGCAGGUAUUCCUGUAUGAACUGAAUGUAUCUGGCUUGUCCAUUGUUUGACAUUGACUGUUUUUUAUGUCGCUGCGUCUUCAUGGGACUCCAAGAGUGUUGUUGGCUUUUCCCUUAUACAAUACUGCCAGUAAAUUGAAUUAGCCAUGUUCAAUAUAACUCCAAUUAUGUAAUGUCAGCCAACUCCUCUUUCCACAGCUCUAUUUUCAUGUCUGAUUAAAACCAGUUAUAGCGACAAAAACACUACCAUAAUGCUGAACUCAAGACUUAACGAUAGUUUACAAACCAAUGGGUGGCUUCACAUUACCUAGCUCGACUUUUUAUACACUUCAAAGUGCAGUUACAAGAAUCUGAAUGUUGAGUAAGUGGUGAUUUCUGGACAAUCAAAAGUUUUGGGGGAAUGAAAAACCAUGCAAAUAUUAACGGGGAGUAGGGUUUGUGAGAUGGGCUGUAAUAAGAGUAAGGAAUUGUCAUACUGCUCUUAACUGCUCUUUUGUGAUUUGAAAGCAUGAUGUAAAGUGUGAAAAUGGGGAAAUCAAUAAACGGUGG